AUGUUAAUUUUGCAAAAAGGUGCCCGUGUCAUGUAUCUUGAUAAUGCUUUGUUUGAACAUGGUCUUUAUAAUGGAUCUAUUGGAAUCAUAAUUGAUUUAAUCGAUGAUGACACAAUCAGUGUCAUGUUUCCAGCACCACUAAGAAUGAUUAAAGCAACUCGGCGAUGUUCAAAAAAAUUACUUGCCAGAUUUAACCGAACCGUUAAAGUUAGUAAGAUUGAAUCAUCCUUAGAUGAUCAAAAACCUAGAACUGAAAAAGAUAUAUAUGGACAUUUAAUUUAUCCAAAAAAUACAGAGGUGAAAAAUUUCGAGGAUCUUAAAGAUGAA